AGCGGGAGCCGCGGCGGCCGCAGCCGCGUUGCGGCGGGGAGGUGGGAGCCGCGUUUGGCAGCCGGGGAAGGCAACGUUAUAAAAAGCCUUUGUCUUGGGAAUCGGCAUCGCAUCUCUCCUGCCGCCCGACGUGCUGCCGGCGGGGGCGAAAGCCACAUUUUCGGCUCGUUUGUUCUUUUCGCCGCCCCAGGCAUGUCUUGACACAGCCGCGAGAGAGCCCGGCGUUUCCAUGCACUUCCGACGGAUGUCUUCGGCUGGGGCGAGAGCGGUGGGGGUUUGAGACUUUGUAGUGUAUCUCGGUGCGAGCGUCUGUGAGAUUCCCAUGAUCGCAGUGUGAAGGAGGAAGAACUGGGAGAAAGAAGCGGUUGUGGUGGUUUCUCUUCUCGCUGGGUCAGCCUUCCUGGAUGGUUGCAUUACUGUCUUGGGGACACAUUGUCAAGCGCGCACAGAGAAACAGGCUUGAUUAUUUCCCCCCGUGUUUGGUUUCCGUCGUGAUCUCUGUGCAGAAAUCACCACUUUUCUCCCAGUUCGCCGGUCCGCACUGAGCAGCAGGAAUAUGCUCAUGAAGGAGUAUCGGAUCUGUAUGCCUCUGACAGUUGAAGAGUACAGAAUUGGACAGCUGUACAUGAUCAGCAAGCACAGCCAUGAGCAGAGUGACCGAGGGGAGGGUGUGGAAGUGGUGCAGAAUGAACCCUAUGAAGAUCCCAACCAUGGCAAUGGGCAGCUAACAGAAAAACGUGUCUAUCUCAACAGCAAACUGCCUAGCUGGGCUAGAGCAGUUGUUCCCAAAAUAUUUUAUGUUACAGAGAAGGCCUGGAAUUAUUAUCCUUACACAAUCACAGAAUACACAUGUUCGUUUUUGCCUAAAUUCUCCAUUCAUAUAGAGACAAAAUAUGAGGACAACAAAGGAAGCAAUGACAGUAUUUUUGACAAAGAAGCUAAAGAUCUGGAGCGAGAAGUCUGCUUUAUUGAUAUUGCCAGCGAUGAGAUUCCCGAGCGCUAUUACAAGGAAUCAGAGGAUCCCAAAUACUUCAAGUCACAGAAAACUGGGAGAGGCCAAUUGAAAGAAGGCUGGAGAGAGACCCAUCAGCCAAUUAUGUGUUCCUACAAACUUGUGACUGUGAAAUUUGAAGUCUGGGGACUUCAAACCAGAGUAGAGCAAUUUGUACACAAGGUGGUCAGAGACAUCCUCCUGAUCGGUCACCGGCAGGCGUUUGCCUGGGUGGAUGAGUGGUAUGAUAUGACUAUGGAUGAUGUUCGAGAAUACGAGAAAAAUAUGCAUGAAAAAACCAACAUUAAAGUUUGCAACCAACAUUCAUCUACUGUGGAUGAAAUAGAGAGCCAUGCCAAAGCAAGAACAUGACAAUGGAUGAAGUCCGAGAGUUUGAACGAGCCACUCAGGAAGCUACCAACAAGAAGAUUGGGAUUUUCCCACCGGCAAUAUCUAUCUCUAACAUUUCCAUGCCUUCCUCAACCCGCAGUGCUCCAUCUAGUGCUCCAUCAACUCCUCUCUCCACAGAUGCUCCUGAUUUCCUAACAGUUCCCAAAGAUCGGCCUCGGAAAAAGUCUGCUCCAGAAACUCUCACUCUUCCAGAUCCAUCCAAAAAAACCUUUUAAAUUAACCCUGCAUGUUUCCUCCUGAUAAGCCAUGUCUGCCACAGCAAGAGUGACAUAACUCAAUUGCUACAAAGGUCGUGGUGGUUUGUUGGUUGGUUUUUUUGUUUGUUUCAAAUAAUCUUUCCGGUGUGGAAAGAUGAUUCCUUUCCUCAGACCUGAUCCUUAAAACCUUC